CACCUCUCUUGUCAUUUCAGUAUAUUCAAACUUUUAUUCAACGUAUUUAUUCGUUCUAAAAACUCUCAACAGUGUCCUGAAGAAAGGGACAUUGAGAGAAACAUUGAAAAUGAAGAGAAGACAGACAUGAUGAGUGUAGAGAAGAAUGCUCCACCUCAGAUCUCCUUUAGGCGUGCUUUAUUUACAGUCUUCUUAUAUAUCUACCUGAGUUUUGUUGACUUUAUGGACCAGUUCAUUUUCAUAGGACUAGUACCUAUUAUAAAAAAGGAGUUCCAGGUACCAUCUAUCACAAUAGGAGUAAUAACUAUAGUGUUUAUAUGCACUAGAGCGAUCUUAGCACCAUUUUUCGGCUGUGCUUCAGAUCGUUAUAACCGUAAGAAGGUCAUAUGCAUUGGAUUAUUCUUCUAUUCCCUUUUCGCCUUUGGAUGCACAUACAUUCCCAAGCAGGUAAGUGUUGCUUAUUUGUUAUUCAUUCAACCCAUCUUACUUUUUAUAAUUAGACAGUAUUUUCAGUUGUUUUCUUAUCUAGUUUAGAGUGCAAUUGCACUUUUUCCACUAUCCUUUCCAGCAGGGAGAGGUGUGGGCUCUACUGGCUCAGAUGGGCCAGACACUCCCCUGGCUCAGCCAUUUAGGAGUAGAAUGAAAUGAUGAAAAGUUUAGGUUUAGCUUGAUUUUACUCAUAAUCUUUCCUCUACAGUAACAUUCUUCGUUGUCAUUCAGUCUGGUACUUAAUAGAGUUUUGUCUUGUUUAAUGUCUUUUCCGAAAUUAGGGGUUCUGGAUCUUCAUGCUUGCGCGACUAGCUGUUUCAGCCAUGGCGGAAAGCUGCUUGACCCCAGUACCUUCGCUGAUUGCGGAUCUUUUCGGUCCCGAGAAGAGGACACGCAUCCUAGCUUUAUACAUGUGCACUAAGGCAGUGUUCUGUAUCAUUGCUAGCUGCUUUGGAACACCAGUAAUUAACCUGGCAGGUUUGAACUGGCGCAAUGCACUGCGGAUAACCCCAGGGUUUGGCCUUUUUGGCCUAUUACUGGCAAUAAUUGUUAUGAAGGAACCUCAACGAGGAGGAAUGGAAGAUGACAAAAAUGGGGAUGAAGGAACUAAAUUAAAUUGUUCCUGCUAUACUAACCUGAAACAACUGCUGAAAAGUUGUCACUUUCUCACCUUCACAGCUGGCAUAUUAUGCUAUGCUUAUGUGCUUGGUGCGAAAUAUUUUUGGGUCCCUGGAAUAAUUCGACAAGCUCGGAAAGAUGUACCUAUCGAGGUAUAUUGUUGGACCACAGACUGCAGCUAUGAUGACAACCUGAUUUUUGGAAUCAUCAAAUGCGCUUCUGACCUAAUUGGAAUUAUUAUUGGCACGGAAAUCAGCAAGCGUUGCCAGAAGAAGAAUCCUAAUGUCGACGCACUGUUGUGCGGAAUAGGGCUUUUCUUCUGUGCACCUUUCUUUGUGCUCUUUAUAUUCUUUGUAGAAAUCAAUCUGCCUGCUGCCUAUGGUUUCAUUGCCAUCUCUAGGAUAUUACAAGCAAUAUGCCAAGUCCCGAUGGUUAACAUGAAACUGAACCUAGUGAGCCCAGAACUACGUGGGACAGCUAGUUCUAUCCAAAUAUUAUUUGCUAAGCUGAUAGGAAAAGUAGGGAGCAUAUACUUUAUAAUGUUGAUUUCUGAAGCAAUCCUAAAGCACAAUUAUACUCGGCUCAGUAGUGUGCAGUUUGCGUUGACAUUGGCUCCAUUAGUGGCAAUGAUUGGAGGGAUAGUAUUUUUUACUGUAUAUCUCCUAAAACAGAAAAGGGCAGCAAAACCAGGCCCGGAAGCUGUUAUCAGCCAGAAAUAACUCCCAUCCCAGGAUACAGGACAAACAUACGGGGCUAUAUAUACAAAGUGUUGAUCUUGUCUACUCCAAUUGUUUCUACCUGCCACGGAUAAUGACAGGGCAUCUGGCAC